AUGGAGCAUGAUACCUUGCUCCUUGAAUACAAUGUGACUAUCAAUCCAACCUCUCGAUCUGUCUCUGAUGGUUGGAAUGAAGCCAAUCUGAAGACGGUCGCUGAGGAAUGCCAACAGAAUGACUUGCCUAAAGAUAAGAUUCUGCUGAUUGUAGCUGAUCUCGAGAAAGAGGCAGAUGUCAAGAAAGUUGCUGAUGAGACCAUUUCACAUAGCAGCUUGGAUGUACUGGUCAACAAUGCGGGUGUCGCUAUCCCCGCUUCAUUGGAGAGCGUUACUCUGGAGCAAUUUGACAAAACGUUUGCUGUCAACGUCCGGGCACCGUUACAACUCACACAUCUACUCAAACCACAUGUAAUUCAAACACAAGGUGCCAUUGUAAAAGUUUCCAGUCUCUAUGGCAUUAUGGCGGUGACAGGGAUGGUGACGUAUUGUAUGUCUAAGGCAGCGCUGGAUUGCUUCACACAGAAUCGUGCACAUGAUUUGGCCCCUUAUGAAGUGAGGGUCAACUUGGUCAACCCUGGCGUCAUUGAAACACCCACGUACAAGCGAGGCGGCAUGACGGACGAGCAGCGUAAACAGGUAAAGAGUAACAAUUAA